UAUAAAGGGCGGCCAGCAGCGGUGGCUUUAGGAGGCAGCACUGCCAGCGGAUACCACACAGCCGCGGGUUGCGGAGCCAGCAUCGCAGGCAUCAGGCAUUGCAGCAGGCAUUGUGCCGACAGACGGCAGACGUCCACCCAGCGGCCGGGUGCAACCAAGUAAGAGGGCAUCGCCGAGGGGCAGUCCCGGACCCCACGAUGACUCUGAAUAAUGUCACCAUGCGCCAGGGCACUGUGGGCAUGCAGCCACAGCAGCGCUGGAGCAUCCCUGCUGACGGCAGGCAUCUGAUGGUCCAGAAGGAUCCCCACCCUUGUAACCUCCGCAACGGCCACUGCACUGCUCCUGAAGACCACUGCCGGCAAAGCUGGUCCUCCGACUCCACGGACUCCGUCAUCUCCUCUGAGUCGGGGAGCACCUACUACCGAGUGGUGCUUAUAGGCGAGCACGGGGUGGGCAAGUCUACCUUGGCCACCAUCUUUGCAGGUGUGCAUGACAGCAUGGACAGCGACUGUGAGAUCCUGGGAGAGGACACAUAUGAGCGCACCCUGGUCGUUGAUGGAGAGAGUGCAACGAUUAUUCUCCUGGACAUGUGGGAAAAUAAGGGGGAGAGCGAAUGGCUCCAGGACCACUGCAUGCAGGUUGGGGACGUCUACCUGAUUGUCUACUCUAUCACAGACCGGGCAAGCUUUGAGAAGGCCUCUGAGCUAAGGAUCCAGCUCCGCAGGGCCCGGCAGACAGAGGAUAUCCCUAUCAUUUUGGUUGGCAACAAAAGUGACUUAGUGCGGUGCCGAGAAGUGUCUGUGUCAGAAGGGAGAGCCUGCGCGGUGGUGUUCGACUGCAAGUUCAUUGAGACCUCUGCGGCCGUGCAGCACAAUGUGAAGGAACUGUUUGAGGGCAUUGUGCGGCAGGUCCGCCUGCGCCGGGACAGCAAGGAGAAGAACGAGAGGAGGCUGGCCUACCAGAAGAGGCGGGAAAGCAUCCCCAGGAAAGCCAGGCGCUUCUGGGGCAAGAUUGUGGCCAAGAACAACAAGAAUAUGGCCUUCAAGCUCAAGUCAAAAUCCUGCCAUGACCUCUCUGUGCUCUAGGUACUCCGCGUCACCCAGAUGUCCCCCACUGGACAUCGUUGAAGGCCUUUGGGACCAGUGAUCUAUAUUAGAUUGACUACACAAGCAUUGUUAGAGAUGACUUCCCCUAUUGCAGAUGGGAAUCGACAGGUUAGCCUCAUGGGCAGCCAGGUGCACGGGCAGGGAAUCUUUGUCAAGAGUCAGUAUUUAUUUGUAGAACAGCUUGGCCUGCUAAACGGACACCUGAGACUCAUUUAAGGGCAUGUCUGGGGUUCACAUGAGCUUUUAUUCCCUCUUCUACGGGAAGCAGAAUAUCAAAACUUACCAAGAAUGCCUAGAACAGGCGUGCCUCAUCAGCGAAGUUUCGCCCAGUUUUGUUCUCGGUGAAUCUGAUGCCCUUGAGUCCUACAGAAACCUAGGGAAAGGGCGAGAGCUUGUCGGAAGGGGCAGUGCAGAACUGUCCCCGUCACGGCUGUGAAGAGAAGAAGCGCUGGAGUUGGCUGGGUGGAGAUGAUCGUGUACUGACAGGGUUUGUUUAGAGACCACAGAGAUUUGUAGUCUUUGGAGCUGAUCCGUGUAGCACUUAGAGGUUCAAAAAAACUGUUUACUUAUGUGUCUUAAACAAUUGUUGAUUUUGAGGAAAGCAUUUUCACCAAAUUCUAGUCAAAUCUUCUUUUUCGCUUUGUUGUUUUUUGAAAUCAUGGAGCUAUCAUAAAAGUGUUUUUUAUAAAUCUCAGCUAAUUGACAGCCUGGAGUGCAGAGUGAUUGCUCUUUAAAUAUGGUCAAAAACUGUUUCCCAAAGCAUAGAAAGGCCCCAGCCCUGUAGCCGCAGCUGUGUUCUAUUUAUUAUUAUUUUGCAAAUAACCAUUUUAACAUUUGAUAAAGCAUAUUUAUGAACAUAUUUCUUACUGAGAAAAAGUCUGUUUUAUUACCUUUUUUAUCUUUUUCAAAAUAUGCAAGUUUUUACCUAUAUGUCUUAUAA